AUGCCAGAGGACCCGAAUGGGGUGCUCAAGGAGAACCAUCCCGCGACUCAAAUAUUAGCAAACUCUGGGCUGGUAGUUCAGAGACAACUAGAAAUGAUGAACCUUAUGAUUGGCUUCGAACAAGCAAACAAAUAUGUUAUUAUGGAUGCGCAAGGUAAUCACAUCGGGUACAUGGCGGAGCAAGAGAAGGGAAUGACCAACACCAUCUCGCGUCAAAUGUUUCGCACCCACCGAAGCUUCGUGACACAUGUUUUCGAUCGCCAUGACAAUGAAGUUUUGCGUUUCCAUCGACCAUUUUCUUGGAUCAAUUCUCGAAUCAAAGUCUAUGAUCCUCUCGACGUUACCACAAGUGCCUACACUUCCUCCACUGCUAUCCAAAAUACCACACCUGGGUCCCUUGUCUCAGCGAACGCAGCUUCGAAUCCGCGCAUUUCACCACUGAGCUUCGAUCAGAUGCGAAUAAUUGGUGAAAGUCAACAAGAGUGGGCACCCCUACGCCGGAAAUACAACAUCUUCACAUAUCAUCAGUCUCCGAACCCAGCGACAGACAUGGGUGCCCAAAAAUUCCCGCUCUCAGGGUCAGAUCUGUCGAAAACUCAGCAAAUGCAGAUAGCACAUGGAUCUCAGUCAAGUGAGGGCGAAUUCAACCAGUUUGCAUAUGUCGAUGCCCGAUUUCUUUCUCUAGAUUUCGAUUUGCUCUCUGCAGAAAACAAAUUGGUUGGGUCCGUUAACCGUAACUUUGGUGGGUUCGCCCGAGAGAUCUUUACGGAUACCGGUGUAUAUGCGCUGCGUAUGGACUCUGCUGGAUCGAGCACAGAAGCGCUGCCUACUGAAAAUGCGCCCACCGAAGUGACCAAGGCUACUGGUAUGACACUUGAUCAGCGUGCAGUUGUGCUAGCCACUGCUGUGACAAUAGAUUUUGAUUACUUCAGCCGGCAUAGCAAUAGCAGCGGGUUCGGCUUUAUGCCUUUGUGGUUCCCUGGCAUGGGAGGGGAGGCUGCUGGUGGCGCAGCGGCCGGUGGUGCAGCGGCCGGUGAAGCUGCUGGGACUGCUGGAGCCAUUGGCGAAGCCGCAACAGGUGCCAUUGGUCGAGCCGGUGCAGCAGGUGGGAUGGCAGAAGGCAUGGCAGCAGGCGUAACUGGUGCCGGUACAAUGGCUGGAUACGAAGCUAUGCAACGCGGCAUGUCCGGUGGACAAGACAGCCAGGCACCUACAAGUGACCAUGGGCAGGAACAACCUGGUGCCACCGGAGAUGCAUGGCCCGAAGAAAAAACGCAAGAAGACGUCUGGGAUGAAGAUCCUUGGGAUGACUCAGGAGAUUCUGGAGAAGGAGGAUCCAUCUCUGACUGGUUUGAUCUCUGA